CAAUGGCGGAAAGCAUGGAAGUGACCACACCGAAAGACCGACGGUUCUACUCUAUACCGGAUACCGAGACACACGUAGAUUUGUCUGAGAGUACCAAGACUAACAGUUUGAUUAAGUACAUCUCACAAAAUAUAAUUGGCAACGACAAAGUGUUCAGUGGACCCUUUGGUCUCAGAAAAGUGACAUACCUGGAUUACACAGCUUCGGGAAGAGGAUUGAAAUUUAUUGAAGAUUACAUACAGAAUGAAGUGCUACCUGACUACGGAAAUACUCACACAACUACCAGUAUCACCUCUCUACAGACCACACUGUACAGACACGAAGCCAGAGAUGUUAUUCGGAAUGCUGUCCAUGCAAGUGAACAUGACUCUGUGAUCUUCUGCGGAAGUGGAACCACUGCAGCAGUCCACAAACUGAUCCAUGCCCUGAACCUAACAAAGCCUCCGGUUGUAUUGGUCAGUUCCUAUGAGCACCAUUCCACAAUUCUGCCUUGGAAGGAAGCGGGAGCUAAGGUAGUUAGAAUCAAGGAAGACCAACAUGGGUGUGUGUGCCUGACCGACCUAGAGGCAAAACUACAGCUAUGGCAGAACAGUGACCGACAGGUAAUAGGCUGUCUCAGCGCUGCCUCAAACAUCACCGGGAUGUUGGUCGAUGUGGAUACUAUCACGAUACGUCUCCAUCGUCAUGGUGCCCUGGCCUUCUGGGACUACGCUACAGCAGCGCCUUAUGUGAGGAUUGACAUGAACCCAGUCAAUACUAGCGACGACCAGCCGUAUAUCUAUAAAGAUGCUGUUUUUGUGUCUCCCCACAAGUUUGUAGGAGGGGUCUCUACACCAGGUAUUUUGGUGGCUAAAAAGAAGUUGUUCCAUAAUGUUGUACCUGAUAAGUGUGGAGGUGGAUCAGUGUUUUAUGUGAGGAGAGAUGGACAUCGGUACCUACAGGAGCCGGAGCUGAAGGAGGAGGGAGGAACGCCAGCUAUUGUGGAAUCAAUCAGAGCCGGACUAGUCUUCCAACUCAAGGAGGCCGUCAAUUCGGACACAAUUUUGAGUCUUGAACACCAAUUAUACAGGAAAGCCCACGAAGCGUGGAGUGACUGUGACAACCUGAUGAUCCUUGGUAACCCUGACAACCAGAACAGACUGGCCAUCUUCUCGUUCCUCAUACACCACCCCGAGGCUGGUCGCUUCCUACAUCACAACUACGUCACAGCUGUCCUAAACGACGUGUUUGGUAUUCAGGCCCGAGGAGGAUGUGCUUGUGCAGGGCCUUACGCCAUGGAUUUGAUGGGUUUGGAUGAGAAGACGGCAAUCGAGAUUGAAAACUUGCUGGCAGAAGACGGCAGAUUAGAUAGGACUCAUCUCAGGCGCUAUCGGGAGUAUUCACCUCGCGAAAUAAUAAGACCUGGGUUUGUCAGAAUCAACCUACCUUACUUUUUACAAGACAACACAGUCGAUUUUAUAAUUGAGGCAGUAAAACUGACCGCACAACACUGUUGGAAGCUGUUACCCCAGUACAUGUUCAACCCAGAAACUGGAGAAUGGCGACAGAAGAAUUUCCAGGUGUUCAAGGACAGAAAAUGGCUUGGUCAUAUUCGGUAUAACUCUGGGAAAAUGCAGUACCGGGUCCCUCCACCAGUCGUUAAGGGUCCAUUACCGACGGACUACCAAGACUGUCUACAGAAAGCCAGGGAUCUCUUCAGUCAAGCUGAGAAAACAAGGUACCAACUGGCCGAUCACAGACAGAUGUUUGAUGAGCAGUCCCAGAAGUACAGGUGGUUCCUACUUCCAAGUGAAGCGGCCAUGUGUCUCAAUGGCCAGUCAGCAGCCGUAACAGAAGACAACUUUAUUUUACCUUUUUGUCCUCCAGCUUUACGAGCACACGUAGGGUUACCCCCCUUUGUGGUUGGUGGACAUUCAGAGGACCAGGAAGGGGACGUCCGUCUUACUGAACAUACAGAGGAAUCGGCAGUCUGUCCACCCGGACAGCAGUGUCUUCUGGACAGGAAAACUGGCACCAACUUUAAAGAGGGCAUGAUCAAAGCUCUGAAUGAUGGCUUUCACUUGGGUAGGGAGAGUGGUGGGUCUGAUGGCGGUGGACAGGAAUUAGUGAUGAACCAUACAGACGUCACGACAGACAAAGCUCUUGAGAAAACAGACCAAGGGCUGGGUACUAAUGAAUUGUACUGUAAGGAAACAGAAUUAUGCUCAGCAGCAAAGCGGCGGAAAAAAGAACCAAGUUCUAGUGUGGAGGGAGAAACGUGUAAUUCUAGUCUAGUCAGUGUUGAAUCCAAUACCAUUAUAACUGAGGGGUCACAGGAGGAACAGAGGUCACAGGAGACAACAAGGUCACAGGAGACAACAAGGUCACAGGAGACAACAAGGUCACAGGAGCCAGCAAGGUCACAGGAGACAAGAAGGUCACAGGAGGAACAGAGGUCACAUGAGACAGCAAGGUCACAGGAGACAGCAAGGUCACAGGAGAAACAGCAGUCAAAGAAAAAGCAGAAAUCCAAAGAUGACAAUAGUAAAGUAACAAAGAUGAAGAAAAGUGGCUGGUUUUCUCCUCCCAAAGUGAUAUUUACACAAUUCCUAAAGGCGGUGACAGAGUUUGACAUGAUCCAGGAGGGUGAUAAGAUCCUGGUUUGUUUGUCUGGAGGCAAAGACUCGCUCAGUUUACUCCACACCAUCCAUCAGUACAAGUUCUACUGCAGGGGCAAGGGCUUGAGGUUUGAGUUUGGAGCUGUGACAGUUGACCCCCAGACACCGUCCUACGACCCACGACCUCUGAAGGCCUACCUCGCAAGUCUUGGUGUGCCAUACUUCUAUGAAACACAGUGUAUUAUGGAGUCCGCCCAGAACCUUGACUACGAGUGUGCGUCCAUCUGCAGCUUUUGUAGUCGUAUGAAGAGAGGUAGAAUCUACGCCUGUGCGCGUCGCGAGGGAUACAACGUCCUGGCGCUGGGUCAGCACCUUGACGAUCUGAGUGAAAGUUUCCUGAUGUCUGUAUUCCAUAACGGUCUGCUGCGUACAAUGAAGGCACAUUACACAGUGGAUGAGGGAGAUCUGCGAGUUAUCCGUCCUCUGGUAUAUGUCAGGGAGAAAGAACUCCGCAUGUUUGCUGAACAGAACAAGCUUCCAGUUAUAGCCGAGAAUUGUCCUGCCUGCUUUGAGUCACCCAAGGAGAGACACAGGACCAAACAGCUGUUGGCUGCCCAGGAAAUCUUACAUCCUCAUCUCUUUCACAGUCUCUUGUCUGCCCUCAAACCUCUGAUGGCCAUCAACAAAACCAAUGUCCAGAUCUCGGAAAUGUUAAAACCAGAUCCGUCAAGUCGGGACAACAUGGACAUUUGACAUUGAUGGAGGCAUAUUUUGAUAUUUUACAAUUAUCGAAAUAUGAAGACUGAAAGUUACAGAACUGUACAUUGUGUAUAUAUCAAACUUGAAUUGUGGAUCAUGUUCCAAAGUAGCAAAACGAGGGUACAGCUUCAGCAGAUA